GAAGAAACUAGAGGGAAUGUUGAAAUGGGGACUAAUAUUGAGACCGUAGUCAAGAAAUAUGAAAUUGAGAUCUGGGAAUGUCUUGAAAUGUUGAGGAGUGCCUCUGACUACAAUGCUGAAGAAUCUAAGUCUCGUGGAUGGAAACUGAAACAAGAUAAUGAUGAGUUCCGUGUAAUGUAUCGAGAAGGUCCUCAGGGUACUCCAUUUCACACAUUACUAGUUGAAGGCUACAUAAAUGGUCCACUAGACAGCUGUUUAUGCGUGGGACUGGAAUCGUCUCUAUAUCCACAUUGGUGGCCUCAAUUUACUGUGCCAACAUUUAAGAUAUUAGAGUCUCGCUGCUUGAAGAAAAUUCACAUAGGUGAAGAAUUAUCUCUAGUAAGGAUGAAAAUUCCAUGGCCUCUUUUGCCUCGGGAAAUGAUUUUCCGAUAUUUUGAACUGGAAUAUUUUGAAGAAGACAGUGUUUUUGUUCUCCUGAAGUCGGUAUCAGAUUCACAACUAGAUAACAACAUUAAUGGAUUUAGCUCUGAAGAUAUUCCUCCUGCUAAUGGGACGGUUCGCAUGGAUCUCAUGGGAGGUUUUGCUUUACAAAAAGUAGACUCGGCACAGAGUUAUUUCAGGACAAUAGUAAAUUUAGACAUCAAGCUGGAUUUUGUGCCCCCAUCACUUAUUAAUUUUAUAUCAAGACAGCUGAUUGGGCAUGGUUAUAAGCUUUAUCAAAAGUCUGUUCUUGCAGCAAGCAGUGGGGAAGGCAAAUUCCGAGAGAUCCUUGAGCAUGGACCUAUGUAUAUUCGCAUACGAGAAGGAUUGCGGUCUAGUAAGGAAACCAAAGAAGGAAACGUUUCCUCCACAACAAAAGAAGUAAAGAAGUCCAAUAGCGUUUCCACUGAUGAGGUGGUAAAUGGAGAGCAAAUUAAAGAAUGGAAAACAAAAGGCAAAGCUGUAUCCACGGGCUUACUUGAUAUGACAACUUUAGAGGGUGCAUCUACAUCAAGAAUAGAGUUAUUCUCUAGAGGAAAGGAAGCCCCUCAACAGGGAAUAUUAUUUUCAGAAAAAAACAACAUUGAACCCCAAAUAGAGGUGAACACUAGCUAUAUUGAUCCUGACAUACAGAAAGCACUACAAGUCUUAGACGGUGCCAUUGCUUUUGUGAAAACACAUGGGCAAGGGGAAGUAUCUCAGAUUCAAGCCAUGAGCCCUAUUGUGACCUCUGAAUCUCACACAGCUAGUUUAAAUUUGAAAGGGAUAAGUGAUUCAGAACCCGAUCAGCAUUGCAAUGGUAAUACAUUGACUUCAUUUCUUCCUGGAUGGAAAGUGACAGAAAAGCUUGAGAAAAUUGGAAGUCGUAACGGGUUUGCUAGGAUCCAUAAUAAGGAGGAUGAAGAUGACAACUUUAUCAGGGAAAUAAAUAAAGUUGAACAUGACGUUCCAAGCAGUGCCAAAGUGAGAUCAAAAAAGCCUUCUUGUUUUGCUUUUCUUUGUUUAUGAAAGUAACAUGGUUAACUGCAUCUAUUUAUCUCUCAUCAUUUUGCAUCUCAUGUCCACUGUUUUGAGAGAAGAUUAUUGUACCAGUAAUUGGGUUCAUUUGCAUGGUCUCACCAUCAGUCCAUUAUGUUUUCUCAUGAAACUUGUAUAACACAUGUUGAAAUGCAACUAUUAUUUGAAUUUUGGACCAUGAUAUUCUUUACCUCUGUAUUUUAUGAAAUCUAUACCCACUGCAAGUUGUGGGAUUCUUCCUUCACAAAUAUCCACCGAUGUAUUUCUAAGGUAUCUCCAACUUUUGAAUUUGUUGCAACACUCAAAAGUAUGUUUUGAAUCUUGAAUCUAGUGAUCUACGGAUGAACUUGGCUACUUUUUGCAUCAAUAAGAAUCUGUUUCAAUGA